AUGCUUUGCUUUCGGAAAAAUAGACGGCAUUACAAGAUCAGCUUUAGUGGUGUAGACGUGUAUGAUGACUGGAGCGAGAGAAAUUCUCUUGCAGCGUUGAGUUUGAGUGAUAUCGAUGAAGUUAAUAUCAAAGUAGUUUCCAUUCCUCCACGAUUAGACAUGAACCAUGAAUUCAUGAAGAGUAUUGUUAGAAAUCAACUUGAUAGGUUUGUUCGUUGGAUACGUUAG